AUUAAUGAAGAAAAAAUGUCGCUGGAUUUGGCUAAACAAUAAUAUAAAAGUUUGGAAUUCAUCAUCAUAAAGAGUAGUCUGCCAUCAUGGAAACUUUAAAGCAAAAACGACAUCAAAAUCAACAAGCAAAAACAAUAAUUUAAAAUGAAAUAAAUCGCAGAGACGCUCCUAAAUAUUUGCCGCAAAUCGUGAAAUCCUGUUAAUUUAAAGUAAAAUCCCACAAAAGAUAGGAAAAAAAUAAAGCAUUAAAAGGAAGAGAAGAACAGAGAAUAAAACACUUGCAAUGCAUACGGAAAUGCGAAGAAGGCGAAAGCCACAACGACGACGGCAACAACGCACAACAAAACGACAGCAUGCAAUUAAAACAACAACAACGCGAGAAGUGAUCACACGAGAAACGACAGCAACAACAACCAAGCCAACAUUGCUGACAGUCGACAACGAAUUCGUGCGCGCAAUGGCAAUUGUUGCAGAUACCAAUGACAACACGGUCUGCGCUGUUGCUGCUGCUGCUGCUGCUGAUGCUGACGCUGAGGCCUCUGGUAAAAAGAAGGUUGACGACUAUUGCCAUUGCGCAACCAAGGAAUGCCAACACUUCAAUUGCCGGCAAAGGCGACGACAGCAACAACGACCACAUCUUUGGCCCUCACAAUCUCAUCAGCUGCAGCUGGAGCAGCACGAAUUCCAACAGCAGCAACAACACCAACAACAAGGGCGAUACGAUGAACAUCAACAUGUGCCACGUUAUCUACGGGCAUGGCCAGGACCGCGGUCAAAGUUCAGCGCCUGUUGGUUGUUGACGACUGUGUUCAUCGUUGCCAUUUGCCUGGUGCAGGGUGCGCAGUCAAACAGUUUGUUAGGCACUUUCCAAUCGUGUUCCAAUGAGGGUGAAGAGGUUGCAAUUCAAGAGUUGAUUAAAUGGAAUUCCAAGUGUUUUAAAUGUGCCUGUAAGAAUGGUUUUGUACACUGCGACAAGGAAAGUUGUCCCUCAAUCGAAGAUUGCUACUUAUUAGAUCCGAAAUUGCCAGACACAUGUUGUAGACGUUGUAAAGGUUGCAUAUUUCGUGGUGUUCCAUACCCAAGUGGCUCCGAAUGGGCUGAUCCCGAAGAUUCAUGUAAGACAUACAAGUGUGUUGCCAGUGUUGUUACCGAAACCACAAUGAAAUGUUUUAAUCAAUGUGACGAUGAAAAUGUCAUUCCACCGAAACGGGGCGAAUGUUGUCCCACAUGUAGAGGUUGCAAAAUCAACGGACAAGUUGUCGCUGAGGGCCAAGAAGUGGUGGGCUCAAUAGAUGAUCGCUGCAUGGUCUGUCAGUGUUCGAAGAAUCAAUUGACAUGCGCGAAGAAGACCUGCCCCAUACUACAAUGUCCCAUUUCCAAGCAAAUACAAAAUCCCAAUGAAUGCUGCCCACGUUGUACGGAACACCGGGAAUAUAUGCCGGUGCCAGGCAAAUGCAUUUUCAACAACAAGGUCUACUACGACAAGACCCAGUUCACACCGGACAGAUGUACCAACUGCACGUGCAGUAAUGGCACCUCGGUCUGCCAGCGCAACACUUGUCCCGUGUUGGACUGUUCGCCCGAGUAUCAGGAAAUGGAUGGUUGUUGUCCACGUUGCAUUACGUCCGAGGUGCGCAGCGAGUGCAUACACAGUGGCGUGACUCAUAUGAAUAACGAGACGUGGAACUUGGGACCGUGUCGUUCGUGUCGCUGCACUGCUGGCAACAUACGCUGUUCCGAGAUGCGUUGUCCGGCGGUAAAAUGCCGUUCGAAUGAAGAGAAGAAAACACUGCCGGGUGAGUGUUGCCCACGCUGUAUAGAAACCGCUGGUACUUGCACCGUAUUCGGCGAUCCGCACUUUAAGACCUUCGAUGGUAAAUUCUUCAGCUUCCAGGGCUCAUGUAAGUACCUGCUGACGGCCGAUUGCCACGACAAUACGUUCUCGAUACGUCUGACGAAUGAUGGUCGUGGCACGAAACGUUCGUCGUGGGCGAAAACGGUGACACUGAAGAUGCGUGGCAUGCGUGUAAAUUUGGGACAAAAAUUGCGUGUGAAGGUGAAUGGCAGUCGUGUGUUGCUGCCGUACAAGGGAGCCGCCGACACACCAAUCGUCAGCAUAGAACGACAAGGUGAACAUAUUAUGCUGCUCACCGAUUUGGGUCUCAGUCUGGAAUGGGAUGGUAAUAAUUUCCUACAAGUAACAGCACCGGCCACAUACAAACGUCGUCUAUGCGGUCUCUGUGGCAAUUACAAUGGCAUUGGACGUGAUGAUCUCACUAGCCGUGAUGGUAAUAAUCAUACCGACGAGGAGGUAUGGCGUUUCGCCAACUCAUGGAAGGUGGGCGGCCCGAAAGCGUGCUCACGUCGUGUGGAAAACAUUUCGGCACGUCCCAAUUGCAAGCAACGCAAAGCGAACACAUACUGUCGUUGGCUGCGCGAAUCUGAAGUAUUCGGAAACUGUGAUAAUAGACUAAAUCCCAAUAACUAUUUUGAUGCCUGCAAGAUGGACGUGUGCGAAUGUCCCAACGGCUUGUGUCACUGUGACAGUUUUGCUGCGUACGCGCACGAAUGCCGACGUCUGGGUGUGCAUGUGCCCGAGGAGGAGUGGCGUAAACGGACCAAAUGUCCGACGGGUAUGUGGCGGAGGAAUGCAACAAGAUUGGCGGCUACGUUACCGGCGCGUUGGCAACAGCAACAGCAACAGCAGCAGCAGCAGCAACAGCAACAUCAUCAUCAAAGAGGCGGCGGUGUGCAGGCGCGUCGUCGAAAACACCACCAACAACAACAACAGUUAGAGUUGGAGCUACAACUGCAACAGUUGCAAGAACAAAAUCUACAGCACACCUUCAUGUCCAAACAUGUGCCGAAGAGCCUGUUGGUGCACAAGUCGCCGAACCGAACACCGCCACCGUUACAUUAGUGUGUGCGUGCGCCAUGUGCAGUGGGUGGCGUCGCCGACGUCGAAUACACACACCAUACACAACACAGCACAGCAAACAUUCAACACUACUAAGCUACAUUAGGCUAUGAAAGAGUACGUAACUACACUCAUACAUACUACAUAUGUAUACUCGUACAUAUAUACAAAUAAGCAUAUGUAUGUAUGUAUGUACUAUAAGAAGUUAAAGAAAUUUACAAUCA